AUGUCUUGCCAUACACUGUCUUUCUCGUCUACCGCUCGCGUAAUGCGAUUAAGGCCGCCACCGGAGGAUCUUGCGCAAGUGCCGUCCAACCUACCGUCCUUCCUUGGUGAUAGCAUUGCCUCCAGACAAGUCCGAACCGCAUACAUCGCCCACACUGUAUCGAAGCUCAUUACUUUCCGUGUCUUUGGCCCAUUCCUGUUCAGUCUUGGACGCCGCUACGACAAAGCCGACUCUCUUUUCUCCUCGAUGAGCCACCACAUUCGCGAGAAGAGCACGCGCAAAGAAGCGAUUUGGCGACAACAAACACUCCUUGCUGCUUUUACCAGCACUGGCGCGAAGCAGCGCAUCAAUACUGCUGCCGGAACCGUUGUCGAGGAGAUCGUCAACGCUAUCCGACACUUUGCUGAUCCAAAAGAGGAGGAAGGCAUCAAGAUCGCCGUGAAGCGCAUCGUGAAGGUCGCUGCGGAGACAUGGAGAUUUGCUCGUCUCGAGCGAGAAAUGAUCACCGCCGUCAUGCCUGCGCUGCACGACGAAGAACAUCAAUUUACCAGCAACCAGUUCUGGCCAGCUUACAGCCCAGAAACAGGCUCAGCGACGGAUGACCCACCUCCUCCUGAUUCGCAACGACAAUUGUUACUCAGGAUCUUCCCGGUUGUAUACCGCGAAUCGAAGCACGAGAUCUUCCAGAACAACGAAGAGCAGCGUGACGAAGGCUGCAUUCUCCACCAUGGGCUGGCUCUGUAUGAUGAUGCAGAGCCAGUUGUGACGAGAAUGGAGGAGCUCAAAUCUGCUGGUUUGCCUCCCCAUACCACUGCAUUAACGAGUCCGACUGACGAGGGCAAGUUUCCGCCGCCGGCUUGCCCGCCUCCACGCGACCCGAUACCACCUCCCCCCUCUCCCCCCGCCCCUCGAUCUCCGACGAAAGCCGAGACGAAUACGGAUGAGGAAUCUCCAGUGUCACGUCCGAUGUCACCGGAGAAGCCAGAGAAGCCCAAGAAGCUCUCGGCUAUCGAGCGAGCGUUGAACCUCUUCUCUAAUCCUUCCUCGGAUGACAAGAUGAAGCCUCCGCCUCCAGGCUCUACCUUCUCACGUCCGCCGGCGCCCCCGACGUCCGUGUUUACGUCACCCAGGAACUUCAUUGGCAUGCCCGUCGAGAGUUUGGCUCCCUCACAUGCUCCGAGUGCAAGGAAGAAGCCUCCACCACCACCGCCGAAACCUGCGUCGAAGCCUGACAUACCUUCAACGGCUGCAGAAAUCGCGGAAGCCAUACGCCAUCGCCAGUCUGUGGAGAGCGCGAUCCUACCGCCGUCCUUCUCGCGGACUACGACGGAUGACACUAUCCACGAGCAUCCCGAUUCGCGAGCUCCUACGCCGGUAGACACGGUGUCUCACAUGUUCGAUGCCAUCGAUGAAAUCGAAACGCUGGUGCCGCAACGUACGCGAACUACGUCGACCUCUACCACGCAUUCGCGACGCCGCUCUACGCAUACUCGCCGAUCUACCGAACACGCCAUCGAGGACGAGCUGUUUGACAUCACUCCUCGACCGGAUCACACUCGCAGAAAGAGCGGUUAUGCGGCGAGCAUUCGCACGACUAAGUCUGCCGAUACCGAGCGCACUGAUCGAAGCGAGCGCACCGACAAAAGUGAGCGCACCGAUAAGAGCGAACGUACCGAGAAGAGUGAGCGGACAGACAAGAGCGAACGAACAGACAAGAGCGAGCGAACCGAGAAGAGCAGCCGCAGCCAUCGGACAGAGAAGAGUGACCGUUCGGAUAAAACCGAGCGCGAAAAGGCUCGUUAUGUGUACGAGACGCGUGGUGCUGCUAUGAAAGCUCUAUAUCCCAACACUCCGGUGAAGGGCUCUCAUGGCAGCGCUAGACACUCCGAGAAGAGUGUGAAGAGCGAGAGAAGGAAGGAAAGAGGCAGCAAGGACUCAACCAAGGAAUCGAACUUGACGAGAGAAUCCCGAGAGUCGAGGGAGGCCAAGAGAGAAUCACGAGAGGUCAAGAGACAAAGGAGUAUCUCCGAUGCUGGCACAUGGGAUACCAACAGCAUCAUGACUCACGACUUUGCGCCUACGACCAUCACGACCAACGCACCCUAUCCUUUCAUGUACGACUCAAGACGAGACUCGAAAGAGUUAAAGCGAGAGUCCAGGGAGAUACGGCGGCAACGCAGCAUCUCUGAUGCUGGCACUUGGGACACAAGCACUGAGAUCAGUCAGCGUCCUCCACCGACCACGGUCUCGACCAACGUUCCCUAUCCUACAGGAAUGCCUUGGGAGCUGAAGCGAUCACGAAGCAUUUCCGACUGCGGUACCUGGGACACCAGCAGUGAGGUCACUCAACGUGCGCCUCCCACAACCGUAUCGACCAAUGUGCCCUACCCUAUGGAACAACACGUGGACGAGUCGGAACGAUGGUCUAUGCCACCACCUCGCAACUCAAUGAGGAUGGAGGUCUCCGACGAUGAAGUGUCUGACACUGGGACCUGGGAUACCAACACUGAGAUCAAUACCCACCGUGCUCCCCCUACGACCGUGUCUACGAACGUGCCCUAUCCUUCCUACAACGCUCCUUCUACAAUUAUCUCUACCAACACCCCUCGUUUCACACAGCCUCCUCGACAGCUACGACGACCCAGCGUGUCUGACGAUGACGCGUCUGAUGAUGACGUCUCCGACACUGGGACGUGGGACACCAACACCGAGAUCACUACUCAUCGCGCGCCUCCCACGACCGUCUCCACCAACGUCCCCUACUCAAGCAUAAUGCACCGCCAGCUGAGAAGGCUGAGCGGCAGCGAUACCGGCACAUGGGAUACCGCUAGUGAGGUCACUCAGCGUGCGCCUCCCACAACAGUGUCCACCAACGUCCCCUACCCCUCCGCGCAAUUCAGCGACCUUGGCCCCUCGAGCUACCCACCCGGCCCCUUCGAGCAGCUCAAGCGAGUCGAGCAACUCCGAAAACAGCACGAGCACCACAGCUUCUCUGACGACGGCUCCGACUCCGGCACCUGGGAUACAAGCAGUGAAAUCACUCACGCUAACAACGGGCCUGCUACUGCUACGCAGGUGUCCCAGAACAAGUCCUACCACCGUUCUGAGAGGCCGAGGGCACCAAGGAGACAGACGAGCCCGGCUAUUUCCGAGGCGGGGACGUGGGAUACCAACAGUGUGAUUACGAAUAACGAUAUAAAGACGACUGUUUCGACGAAUGUGGGGUAUGCUUCUGAGCGAAGAUCUCGAUAG